AUGACUGCCUUUUGCAUGAUGAAACAUUUAUGUCAAACAACCAGAAAUGAGAAUAGAUACGCAAAAAGAUUCUUUGGUACUCUUCUGACACAACCACCACAAAAGAAGGUUUUUUCUCCACUCUGGGUUGUGGUACCUGACCCUAGAAAGACAACUCUAUUUGGACUUACUCAACCAUUUUGUAGAGCUGAAAAAUCUCACACAGAAACUGAAAGGAAAGCAGCGUUUGGAAGUGUUGGGCGAAGAAUUCCCUAUCGAAUUUUGCACGUAAUCAACCAGGAUGGCGAGAGCUUAGGAAAUAUGCACCGAGCAGAGGCACUCAAGCUUAUGGAUCAACAUGGCCUGAAACUAGUUCUCCUUCAAGAGAAUGCAGAACCUCCUGUGUACAGACUAAUGACAGGGCAGCAGAUUCAUGAAGAACAGCUUAAACGUGCAGAGAAGAAAAAAGCAAAUCCAAACCCAGGGGUGGUUCAGAAGGAGUUAUCCUUUUCUUCAGCUAUUGCCAAGAACGACUUAGAGACCAAGACUAAACAGAUAGCACAGUGGAUUGAAAAGAAAUACCAUGUUAAAAUUACUAUCCGGCAAGCAAAAGAUAGCAAUACGGACAUGUUAACGCUUUUUGAUGAGAUUUUGGAGACUGUAUCCAAGAAGGCCACUUAUCUUUCCAAGCCAAGAGUUACGAGAGAAGGAGUGAGUACCUGUAUUUUGAGACACAUGUCUGACAAAGAGUUGAAAGCAUAUCAGAAGAGGGAAAAAAACAGUGCAGUGAAGGAAGACGAAAAUGAAGAGCUGAAGUCAAAGGAGUUGCAUCAGUGACUUUAUGAAGAGAUGUAAACAAUAUUAAUUUCUUAUUUAAA